UUCAAAAAUUCAUCGUAACUUAUCGUCACGCCAAAAUCGUCAGUUUUUUUAAAGGGAACUUCCUUGGGGCCUACUUAACACCCCUUCCGAAAAUCUGACGCACUCGAGUAAAUUUUUUUUUUGCAUUUUUGACUACUUUAUAUUCCUACCCCCACCACGCAAACCGGCAGAUUAGUAUACCGUUGUUAUCAGAGGCACUUGGGGCAUACGUAAAUUUUUAUUAUCAUUUCUAAAUAUUGUUUUAUUUCUUUGGCAAUGUCCGUCUCGGCGGACAUCUCCAUUUGUCUAUUAUAUUCCAGGAAUUUGGCGGAGUCCGGUGUAGCGGACAUAGUUUUUCUCGGGAUCUGGAAAAUCUAGAUUUUUAUUUUUAUUUUUUGGAAGCUUCUGAAGGCACAAUUAUUCAAUUUUAUUAGCAAAAUAUAUAAAUUUGUGUUAUCAAAGUCUCUGCCAAAUUAAGGGUUAAAAAUUAGAAGAAUUCAAAAAGUAAGGAGCGAAAGCAUUAGACAAAAAACAAAAAUCACCGAUGCUCUCAGGCACGCGCUCUCACUUAAGUGGAGAUGGGCUGGACAUAUCUCACGAUUCAAGGACAGAAAAUGGACCAUAGAAACCACGCGUUGGAAGGGACCAAUGGGAAAAAGAAAUGUUGGUCGACCAAUAAGGCGGUGGGCUGAUGAUAACACACAAGUGACAGGAGCCGACUGGAUUAAGCUGGGCAAGGACAGGGAGGCAUGGAAGAGGAUGGAGGAGGCCUUUACCCAGAAGGGGUCCAUAUUUCAUUAGCAUUAAGACUAACAAAUUAAUUUAUGUACUUUUUUUUUUCUUUCUACUACAACCAACUAACAAAAUUUAAAUGUAUAUUUGCGAAAUAUGGAAUAAAUGGCUUUAUUAUUAUUAUUAUAUAUUAUAACAUGACAUCACUAUUUUUGUUCGCACAGACAAUUUUCGCACACACUUGCAUUUCAUUUUUAGUCAUACUUUCCAAGUUUGACAGUCGUUCUAUACUAUCCUAUUUCUAUGAUUUAAUCACCCCAAUCACCCCAUCUGGGGGCUUACCGCGAAAACCGAAAUUCGCAAAUUCAGAUAAGUUUGUUUUUGUGGCAACAUUGUAAACCCUUAUUAUCAUCUUGGGGUCGACCACGAAAAUCGAAAUAUCGGUUUAUGCCUCUCUAUCUCUCUUAAACGUUCGCGCUACUGAGAGACAGAUAAAGAAACGCAGGCCUCCUAGUACUAAUCAUUUUAAUAAUUUUAUUGUGAUUUACUUCAAAGACCAUGUUUAAAGAAAUUAUGUAUUACGAAUCUUACAGUAAAUAUAAUAUUUGAUAUUUAUAGGUUAUUUAAAAUGUGAAUCGUCCAUCUGGCGAAAACUUCAUUAGAGUUCUAUUAGACUUAUAAAAUAGACCCCACAUUACCUCUCUCUUCUCUUUUACCCAUGCCCUUCCCAUUCAUUCACCUUGUAUUUAGUCCAAAAUGUCGAAUUCAGAGCCGUUUGACGUGUAAAUUGUAACAUAUUUUUUCUACUAAACUAUAAUUUAAGUAGUCUAAAUAGUUUUACUCCAAAUAAUUGUGAGAAGUGUAAGAUAAGUGUCUAGGUUAGUUAAUUAACGGUACAUAAGGACAAAGCAAAAGUGGUCAGAUCAUCAGAUGAGGUUCAGAUGUGAAACAAGUAGUUUACCUUCCAUAUAGCAUUUUUGUCGACUGUGUACAACCCACCCUCGUUUUGCUACAUCCAGGCUGCGAUGGGAUUACUAAUUUCAAAAAUAUGGAGUCUCUUCGGGAACGAAGAGCACAAGUUGGUGUUAGUGGGGUUGGACAAUGCGGGCAAGACCACCAUCCUGUACCAGCUGCUGCUGGGCGAGGCGGUUCACACGCGGCCCACGAUCGGCUCUAAUGUGGAAGAGGUUGUUUGGAAAAACCUGCGGUUUGUCAUGUGGGACCUGGGUGGGCAGCAGAGCUUGCGGUCCGCUUGGAACACAUACUAUACUAAUAGCGAGUUCGUGAUAAUGGUGAUCGACUCGACGGACCGGCAGCGGCUGGGCAUCAGCCGCGAGGAGCUGCACCGGAUGCUGGCGCACGAGGAGCUCGGCCGCGCGUGUCUACUCGUCUACGCCAACAAACAGGACGUGAAAGGCUCAAUGAGCGCUGCUGAAAUAUCCGAGCAACUGGACCUGACGUCUAUCAAGCAACAUCCGUGGCACAUACAGGCGUGCUGCGCACUCACCGGAGAGGGGUUACAUUUAGGGCUCGAGUGGAUCGCGAGUCGGAUAAAAAAGAAAUGAUAGGCCACUGGGGAAGAUGAUGCGUUAUAUACUUAUAUUAUAUUGUUAAAUUUUAUAGUAGUUUAUGUGACUCCUACAUAAUAAAAGGCAUUAAAAUACACGAGUGUGGGUUUAAGAAACGAACGAAGUGAGUUUCUUAAAAAGAUCACACGAAUGUUUUAAUGCCUAAUUAUGUACAGUUACAUACACUAUUUUAUCUACAUACAUAUAAUAAACUUUCUAUGAAAUAUUCACUAACCCAAAUUACAACCUCCGUUAGAGCAUCGUUGCCAAAUCAUUGCUCCCUUGGCGAAACUCGCGGAUAUGUGGUAGCGUCACCGAAAUAUUUUUAACGCUUAUUUUACACGAAAUUGUUGUUAUGCUUACCUUAAAAACAACAAAAUAUAUUCAUUUUAUACUAAUUAAAAGAUAAACUGUACGUCAAAUGGCGGUAAAUGAAAACUUUUUUCACGCAUGUAGUUUUUUUUUAAUUCAGAGACAAACUAGAGUUGGGGGCCUAUUUCCGUAUCAUUCGAUACAAACUAACAUGCGAGCUAUGUCAAAAUUGUAUGCAAUUGACAUUUCAUUUCGAACAAAAACGCAUCUCGACUGAUAUUAGGCGGUCAAAUCGAAUUGCUUUUUUUUCAGAGAUGUUCCAAAUUUGAACGCAUAACCAAAUCGAUUUUGAUGUAGUUAUGAAGCUAUUGGGAGCGUGCACGACUGUCACGCAACCUAGUGUCCGCAAUUCUAGGGGAAAACGUCAAUUCACUACAUCUUAUAAAACUACUCCAAAACUAAAAACUACUGAACGGAUUUUCAUACGGCUUUCAUCUAUCAAUAGAGUGAUUCCUGAGGAAGGCUUAAGUAUAUAACUUGUUAAGGUUUUGUGUAAAUUGUUUGAAAUAUAACGAUGUUGUCGGAAAAAAUCACGCUGGCUAGGAGCUUUAAUCGAAAACGCUGCCUAAUCCGUUUGAGCUAUAACAACACAAUGUAUGGUGGGGUUGUUUCUCAUUCAUAGGUCUACAAAAAAGUCCGCGAUGUGAAAUGUCUAUCUUUUAAGGAUAACUUACUAUAUCCAUUCUUAACUUCUAGAAAAAGAUCACGUAAUAUGUGGCAUUUGCAAAGCUAUUUACAUGGAUACAUUAUUAACAAUUAUCAAAAUAAAUACGUUAGUUACAUUAAGCAUUUCAUACAGAUUACAAUGGUCCCUUACACCAUACAAUUUAAAUGAAUAUUUCAGGAGUAAUCGUAAAUCAAAGUUUCAUUUCGAGCCAUAUCAUUGUAUGAAAUGUUAAAGACGCUAUCCGCAGUUAGUUCAAAUUUUUACCACCUUAUGCGCUGGGAUCGCUUUACUUACUCCCACCACGCACUUCGCACGGUCCCAAUACCUAAAUUAUCACAGAUAAGAAAUUUGUUGUAACAAAACAGUUUAUCGUAAUGUUGGCCAUUAUUUACGGAUUUUGAAGGCAUCAUAGAGGAUUUAUGAUAUUUGUGUAGAUAAAAUUACUAGUAAAACCAGAUGACAGAAUUUCUUACGUGACGCACGGAAAUGGUAACUAAAAAGGGGAUAUAACAAAGAAAGCCAGACCCAUGCAUGUAAUUCUCAAUUUUUGUUAAGCAACUGGAAAUAAACUUUUAAAUUUCCGUGACAUUAUAACUUGCAAAUAUAAUAUGUUAAGUUUGAAUUGAAAAACUGCCUGUUAUUUUCUUGAGCAUCACUGGAUACGGCGUAGGAUGUCUGUCAAAACACCUUUUAAAACUUACUUUUAACUAUGAUUUGUUCGAGUUUAAGUUUUCGUCGAAGUAGACGUAUCGUAGAGAUAUCAACGAAGCUGGCCGCAGUUGCCAUGGCCGAAAACAGUCAAUCAAGUCAAUUAUUCUUAAUCUCGAAAUGUAUAUAUAUAUAUUGUGAUAUCAUUUUUUUAAUCGAAAUUAUUUCUGCUACGAAAUUAUGCCUAUAAUAUACCUAUUUCAUAGACUACUAUGACUCCGAAUAACCGGGAUUUAAAUUUUAUUAACAGGUCAUAAAACACGAGAAUUAUAUGAUGAAACGAGCAGUGACGGUUUUAAUCCUUUCCUAUUUUGAAAUUAAAAAACAAAAAUAAACUAUAAUAUUAUGCUUCUUAUUAAAAUGUGUGUCAGAGUCAUUGAACUACCCCCAGUCCUCCCUACCGUAGAACCCCUGACUAUUUUUUAAAGCCCCCUUUUAGCUUAUUUGGGAACGAAAUCUGGUAUAAAUAAUAAAAAAAUAUCCCGUCUUUAAGGCUCUUACGACUUCCGAUCUGGAAACCAGCACAAAAAACGUGUUUGUUGGGUAUCGUGUUGGGACCGCAAACUUGCCGGGAUACAAGUCUCCUUUGACAGUACGGUUCAUGACCUUCGGUAUAAAUUGUGCUAACGCUGUCUCUGCACUUUUAGUAUAUAAUAAAAGGAACAAUCAUAGGUAGGUCCUGAAAACAAUAAUAUUUCGGGCAGUUAUUUAUUGAAAAUGCUAACUUUAAAAUGAACACAUAUAAUUAAAAUAAACCUACCUACUACUUUUAAACUAAUAUACCUGUGAGGCUGGGAAUCUUGUUAUUUGGGACUAAUUAAUUACCCCCCCCCCCCCCCCUUAUUCAUAAACGAGUACUAAAGUUACAAUGCCGCUGAUCAUCGUUUGUCCCUUUCCAUCAUACAAUUACGCCCAAUACGUCGGAAAGGGGAACAAACGAUGAUCAGUGGCAUCAUAACUUUAGUACACGUUUAUGAAUAAGGGGGUUAAUGGAUAAAUAUUUUGGAGAAUGACUUUUCUAUCUGUAUAAUGUUUAUAUUGAUGAAUUCUACAUUUGUAAAGCAAAGUUGUACAAUUUAUUUAUUAAUAUUACGCGUAGGUUAUGAUUAGAAAUAUUUUGCAACUUAAGUUUAUUAAAUAAAAAAAUCUAUUGUAAUUAUACAAUUUUAUUUAAAUUAGUAAAAAAAAUGUACAUAAUAGGUAAUAAUUCUUUGUUUUGUCUUGAUUGUUCUUAGAUUCUGAUAAGAUAAUACCUACAACAAAAACAUCACACAAUACCUAAAAACAGAGUGAUUACUACAAAACACAGGGUUCUUAAAGGCUUGAAUAAACCAUGCUAUUUAAAUGAAA